AUGCCCGAAGACAUUGUCCCGAUCCAGCCCACGUUCGGAGGCCAGGUCUACAACGCCGAUCUUUUCGGCAACGUAAUCCGCAGGAUGCUCGUUCAAAGUGAUCUGGAAAGGCAAAAGAUCGAGAGGGAUCGCGAGCGGCUCACACAGUCGAAUGCGAUGCUCACCAAACAGAUAGCGGCCCAACACCGACGCACGCAAGCGCACCUGGAGUCUUUGCAGAAGUCGUAUCACAAGAUCCAAGAGCUGCACGCAGAAGCCGCGGGGACCUGUCUGCAGAUCCAAGAGGAAUUCACCGCUAUAGCCAACACGGUCCAGAGGAUUCACGAUUUAGGAGGUAGCGCGGAACAUCGUAUUCUCUAA